GUUCUGUGCUUUACUAAUAAUUUCUAAAACACAAAAUAGAAAGAAAGACAUCUUAGGUAGACUAGUGCACGGGUUAGUGACGUCAAGGGAACGAUUUUGGCAACCUUGGGACCACCACUGGGGCGAGGUACAGACACCAGCUGGUCUGCUCAAGAGGCUGGUCUCCUCUCAGUGUGGCUCUGGGAGUUGGUGGGAGUGGUUGUGCUUCGACGCUUGUAGUUUGGUUAUAAUGUUGCGAGGAGCAGGACAAGCAGUGGCGCGGGUUGUGGUCCAAGCUGGGGGAGCUAAAGGUGGCCUUCUUAGAGCCUCUGCCCCUGCUGCCACUACUGUCGCUAGCCGCUGGCAGGGUGACUAUGAACGUCACCAGAUCCCCGAGCGCCUUCUGUACAUUCCUGAUGCAGAGGAUCCAUCCUUCUUUGAGAUGGUGGAGUAUUUCUUUCACCGUGGUUGCCAGGUGGUAGAGGACCAGCUGGUAGAGGAGAUGAAGGACCGCAUUACUCUGGAGGAGAAAAGAAACAAAACAAAAGGCAUUCUGAAGAUUAUGGAACCAUGCCACCAUGUUUUGGAAGUCGCCUUCCCAGUCAAGCGCGAUAAUGGUACCUACGAAAUGAUUAGCGGUUACCGUGCUCAACAUUCUCUUCAUCGUACUCCCACCAAGGGGGGUAUCCGUUACUCGCUGGAUGUGUGUGCUGAUGAGGUUAAAGCUCUGUCUGCUUUGAUGACAUUCAAGUGUUCCUGUGUGGAUGUUCCUUUCGGAGGAGCAAAGGCUGGCCUUAAGAUUGAUCCUCGCGAAUAUACCAUCAAUGAAUUGGAGAAGAUCACCCGUCGCUUCACUUUAGAGCUGGCCAAGAAAGGCUUCAUUGGCCCGGGUGUGGAUGUGCCAGCCCCUGAUAUGGGCACUGGUGAACGGGAGAUGUCUUGGAUUGCUGAUACAUACGCCAGGACUGUUGGACAUGAUGACAUCAAUGCUCAUGCGUGUGUCACCGGUAAGCCAAUCAACCAAGGUGGAAUUCAUGGUCGCACAUCAGCUACUGGACGUGGCGUAUUCCACGGUCUCGAGAACUUCAUUAAUGAGGCUUCAUACAUGUCUAUGAUUGGCAUUACUCCUGGAUGGGGUGGCAAAACAUUCAUUGUGCAGGGCUUUGGCAAUGUGGGUCUGCACUCGAUGAGAUACCUCCAUCGUGCUGGUGCUACUUGCAUUGGAAUUAAGGAAAUUGAUGGGGAGAUCUUCAAUGCAAAUGGUAUUGACCCCAAGGAACUUGAGAACUGGAAGAUUGAACAUGGAACAAUUAUGGGAUUUCCCGGAGCUCAGAAGUAUGAGGGUGAAAACCUUCUUUUUGAAAAGUGCGAUAUCUUGAUCCCUGCUGCCAUAGAGAAGGUCAUCCAUAAAGGAAAUGCUCACAAAAUUCAAGCUAAGAUUAUUGCUGAAGCUGCGAAUGGUCCUACAACACCUGCUGCAGACAGUCUUCUUCAAGAAAUGAACGUGCUUGUCAUCCCCGAUUUGUACAUUAAUGCUGGCGGUGUAACCGUUUCCUACUUCGAGUGGUUAAAGAAUCUCAACCAUGUAUCAUAUGGUCGCCUUACUUUCAAGUAUGAAAGAGAAUCCAACUACCAUUUGUUGGACUCUGUGUCCCAUUCCCUGUCCAAACACUUUCAGCAAGACUUUUCUGUGACUCCUAGUGAAAAGUUUACCCAGCGCAUCGCUGGUGCCUCGGAAAAGGACAUUGUCCAUUCUGGUCUGGAUUAUACCAUGGAGCGAUCUGCCAGGGCCAUCAUGAGAACAGCAAUCAAGUACAACCUAGGCAUUGAUCUGCGUACAGCUGCUUAUGUUAACGCCAUUGAGAAGAUCUUUAAUACCUACAAGGAAGCUGGUCUUACUUUCACCUAAAUAUAUUCUUAUAUAGUGAAGUGCUUGAAGACUGACAUGUGAUGAACAUAUUAACAACUCUAUAAAAAGAGGUUAUAAACACACAAUAUGGAAUGAUAUGGAGUUGUAAGUAAAAAAAGAUUGAAGUGGAGUAAAGUGACUAUUUUUACAUAGUGCAGAUAAUUUUUUUCUCAGAUUCCUCAGUUUUGUUUCUUGCUUUGUCAGGAAUAAUAGAUUGUGUUUCUUUUGUAAAUAUACAUCUGCACGCUUUCUAUAUUUAACAUCAUAUAAUGGAUUAUUGUGUGUGGUUAUGAAAACUUGUAUCAACAAUCUUUUAUAUAAUAGCAACACAAUAGCUUUCCUUUCCAUACAUGUUAGACUUGUUGUUAGUAUAUAUAGUUGUAAAUGAAUUUCAAUGUUAAUGAACCCCUCUCUUCAUGUUUUGUAAGGCAGGUGACCUUGCAAUGGUUUUAUUUUACUAUUAAAAGCCCUGUACUUGGGAAAAUCAUU